AUGCAGGCUGGCUGGAAGCUGAUCCAUCAGGCAGCAGCUGGGAAAGUAUGUAUUGACCUGUUGGGGAAGAGCCAGGAAAAGCAAGAGCAGUAUUUGUGGGAAGUCGAUUUUGUCAACAACAAAACACUGACUGAGGAGAGAAAUAGUGUAUUAGGAAAAUCAUUUUAUCUGAGCACAAACUCUGUUCUGCAAGAAAAAUAUCGAGUAUAUGUGACUCAUAUGGAAUGAGUUUUGAAUUUUAUUUCAGAAGUAAUUAUUAGUAAUAGAAACUUCUUUGUAAGGAAGCUUGAAGAGUUUAAUGCACACGGGAAAUUGCUCCUCUAAAAGCAGAAUUUUCAUUCUGGAGAGAAACCUUUUGAAUAUGACGAAAAUGGAAAAGCUAUUGGUCAAAAUGAGGACCUGUUUCAACAUCAGUAUAUUUAAACUCUGAAGCAGCUUUUUGAAUGUAAGGAAUGUGGGAAAGCCUUCCAUGAGGGAGAUACACAGGAGAAACCCUAUGCACCAAAUGUGGGAAAACUUUCAGAUAAAUGUCAGGCCUCGCAGUGCAUCAGAGAACACACACAGGAAAAACCCUAUGAGUGUAAUGUUUGUCAGAAAGCCUCCAGUAAUAGGUUAGCCUUCACUGUACAUCAGAGAAUACAUACUGGGAAGAAACCUGAUGAAUAUUCUCCAAAUCUGGAUCUGGAGUUGUCUUUUUUGGGAGCUUUAUAG